GUGUAACAAAAGUAGAAGUUAUUAUAUUAUAAUAAAACACCCCCCUCUUCUCAAUACUCGACACUCAAAACCCACCGCCGCCGCCGCACCACCACCACCGCCGUACGACGGCGACCACCUCUCUCCUGCAGAUCCCGAACCAGUGACCAAACCCUUUUCACCCUUUACCCAAUUAACCUUCUAAUUAUUUACAUUAUGCACUUAACCCCUUUCAAUCAACAAGAAAAAAAAAUAAUAAAAAAAUAAAAACAAAUUAUGCGCUGUAAUAAGUUCCAGAUAUUCGAUUCUGUACCCGCAUAAUUGUUUUGAGAGUCUUGAUUUUAUUCAUUUCACAUGGCGAAAAGGGUUUACGAAGUUUGGAAAGGGAGAAAUAAAUUUUUUCUUGGAGGGAGAUUGAUAUUCGGUCCAGACGCCAAGUCUCUGCUUGCUACAUUUUCACUGAUUGUUGUUCCCGUUAUUAUUUUUUGUAUAUUCGUUGGAAGACAUCUUCGCCAUGAAUUCUCGUCAUAUAAUGCAGGAUACGCCGUCAUUGUAGCAGCAAUCCUCUAUACAAUCUAUGUAUUGGUGCUGCUGCUUCUUACUUCAGCCCGUGAUCCCGGGAUAGUUCCCCGUAACGCACACCCGCCCGAAGAAGAAUUUACAUACGAAACAGGGGGAAGACAAACACCAUCGUUACAGUUCCCGAGAACCAAAGAAGUUAUGGUCAAUGGGAUUUCAGUCAGAGUCAAAUAUUGCGACACGUGUAUGCUUUAUCGCCCUCCUCGUUGCUCUCAUUGUUCCGUUUGUAACAAUUGUGUCGAACGGUUCGAUCACCACUGCCCUUGGGUGGGCCAAUGUAUUGGGAUGCGGAAUUAUCCUUUCUUCUUUCUAUUUGUGUCGUCAUCAACGCUUCUAUGCAUCUAUGUGUUUUCGAUGUCGGCUUAUUACAUGAAGGUCUUGAUGAACGAUAGCGAGGGUACGGGUACGGUUUGGGGUGCGAUGAAAGAAUCCCCUGCAUCGGUUGUUUUAAUGGCGUAUUGUUUUAUUUCACUUUGGUUUGUCGGUGGCCUCACGGGUUUUCAUCUUUACCUCAUCAGUUCAAACCAGACGACCUAUGAAAACUUCCGGUACAGAUCAGACAACCGAUACAACGUUUAUAACCGAGGUUGUAUAAACAACUUUCUAGAAGUUUUCUGCACGAGAAUCAAGCCAUCAAGGAACAAAUUCCGGGAUCUAGUCCAAGAAGUGCCCCAGCCGCCACCAGCCGCCGCUCGAGAAUCCGCCACCAAUGACGCGGGCCCUGAAGACCGCCGUGUGAAGGUUGAAGAUGACCUAGAUAUCGGUGGAGAUUUAUUAAAGAUUUCUCAACGUCAUAACUUCGAAGGGAUUGAAUCGGAUAUACGCAGCAGAGGAAAUGAUCAAUGAUGAAGUUUAGUUAGUUGAAUUUGACGAGGGCGUGUGGAUGUUGUAAAUGUUCGAGAGGGCAAAACCGUCAUUUGAAGUUCUCGUCGGUUGGUUAGUUGGUUUCGGUUGAUUGAUUGAUGCAUUUGUGUAAUGGUGUGUGAUAUUUUGUGGUACUAGCUUCAUUCUUUAUGUAAUUCAAGACUUGUGUACAUGGUUAUCAGGUUAUGCAAUGAUUUAUUGAAAAUCA